ACCGCGAAAAACAACAGAUGUUUACAUGCCACAGUAUCCCAUCUAAAAUCAACAUAUCCCAGGCAUUUUGUCCUGGUUUCACAUAACCGGGAUACAAGUUUUUUCGGGUUAUUGUAAACGGGAUAUGAUGUUUAUAUGCAUCAACUCAAAAACAGAAUACUUAAGUAUCCCGAAUAAUAACGGGAUAUUGGUGUGCAUGUAAACGUGGUCACUGACUGGUCAAGGGAGUAGUCCUGGUUUAAUCGGACUAUAAGACUUUAAACCUCGUAUGUAAGAUACUUAGACCUAUUCAUAGCUACUCGAUCUGUAUCACUGCUGGUGCUAUAACAACAUUUAAAGCAACCCAGUUCAAGAAGACGAGACAGACUCGAUAAACUCAUGAUUUACCAGGCUAAAAUGUAAUUGUCUUGCCUGGGGUGGUCAAAUUAUUUUGGCAACAGUUGAUAAGAUGUGGAAAGAAUUGAAGAAAAACCAGCUCGUCAAGUACGGCGCUGUGACCACAGUGUCAACCAUCAGCUAUGUUUUACUGAGAAAGUGGAUCGCCGGUGGGAUAUGCCACAGCCGUGCCAAGCUGCAUGGAAGGACUGUGGUGAUCACUGGUGCCAACACUGGUAUCGGCAAGGAGACGGCCUGGGAUAUGGCCAUGAGAGGGAAUGUGAUGAGGGUGUUCUCAGACGGACGGUACUGCGUGUUCUCAGGAGCCCGGGUGAUUAUGGCUUGCCGAGACCUCACCAGGGGAGAGGCCGCUGCAACAGAGAUCCGCAGUUCUACUGGAAAUACUAACGUGGUGGUGCAACAACUAAACCUGGCCUCCCUCGGGUCAGUACGACAGUUUGCCAGGGAAUUCAUUGCCACGGAGACCCGUCUGGACAUACUUAUCAACAACGCAGGUAUAAUGCUAUGUCCCAAAAGCUUCACAGUGGACGGGUUUGAGAGUCAAUUUGCUGUCAAUCACCUAGGUCACUUCCUAUUGACCAAUCUUCUCCUGGACAUGCUGAAAGCCUCCAGCCCCAGCCGCGUCGUCACUGUGUCUAGCAUCGCUCAUCAAGGCGGGAAAAUCCACUAUGAUGACCUUAACUUUGAUAAGAAGGGGUACAACUCAGUAAUUGCCUACAAGCAGAGUAAACUGGCCAACCUCCUCUUCUCCAGGGAGCUGGCACGAAGGACCAAAGGUACUGGAGUGACGUCGUAUUCCCUGCACCCCGGGGUUAUCCGGACAGAGCUGUGGCGCCACUCGCAGUCAAAGUACCCCAUGCUGAGUUCCAUGCUGUCAGCCCCCGCCUGGCUCCUGAUGAAGACCCCCAGGGAGGGGGCCCAGACCACCAUCUACUGCGCCGUCACUGAGGGGCUGGAGGAGAAGAGCGGCUACUACUUCAGUGACUGUCAGGUAAAGGAGCCAGCUCCUGAGGGGAGAGAUGAUCUUGCAGCACUGAGACUAUGGGGCGUUAGCGCCGGGCUAGUGGGACUCAAUUAAAACAACUGAACAACUCACCUUGCAACACGGUGCCACUCCCAACCCCACCUGACAGAACCCUCACGGAUACUGGCAUUUUUAAAAAUGUUGGUUCUUAACUUUCAUAUCAGAAGAUAUCCUGUAUCCUAUAUAUAUCCUGUAUUCUACACAUUUUCUAUAUUCUAUAUUUUUUGAUGUUGUAUUAUAAUACAGUAUAUUUUGAUCAAACAUUUUUUUUCUGUAUUUUAUUGUAUUGAAGCUUAUUCUCGUUACAAUGGUCUUCAUGCUGAAAUUCUGUAUUUUUCAUGUUUUCAUUAAAAAAAAUGUUAUUUUGCUU